AUGGCCACCCUCUCUGCGAAUCGUUACGGCAAGGACCUCGUGCGCGUUGUGCGCGUUACUCGCAACGGCCCCGUGCACGACAUCAAGGAUGUGGCGGUGCGCGUCCUCCUCGAGGGAGGCAAGCUCGAGACCUCGUACUACAACGGCGACAACUCGUGGGUGGUGCCUACCGACACGAUCAAGAACACUGUCUACGUGCUCGCCAAGAAGCACCCGUUCACCGACAUCGAGGUCUUCGGCAUCACGAUCGCUCGUCACUUCCUCAACGAAUACGCGCACUACUCCAAGGCCGAGGUGACCAUCUCUGAGAGGCCCUGGAACAGGAUGGUGAUCGAAGGCAAGCCCCAUGAUCACUCCUUCCUGCCCGGCUCUGGUGAGGAGCGUACGGCGGUCGUGCGCCUCGCCCGCGAGAGCAUGGACGCGCCUCAGGUCACCUCGGGCAUGCGCAAUCUGCUCGUGAUGAAGACCACCGGAUCCGAAUUUGUGGGCUUCCCCAAGGACAAGUACACGACCCUCAAGGAGGCCACCGAUCGCAUCUUCAAGACGACGGUCACGGUCGAGUGGGACUACGUGUGCCAGCGGAAGCCGGUUGACUACACGGCGGUCUACAACCGCGCGAAGGAGACCAUCCUCCACGUGUUCGCCACGACCUACAGCAAGGCCGUGCAGCAGACCGUGUGGGAGAUGGGCAGGCAGAUCAUUGCCAAGAACGACGACGUCAAGAACGUGCACUUCACUCUGCCCAACCAGCACAACUGGCUCUUCGACUUGAAGCCGUUCGGCCUCGAGAACAACAACGAGAUCUUCGUGCCGCAGGCCGACCCUCAGGGAUAUAUCCAGGGAACCGUCUCCAGAGACAAUGGCCCGAAGAAGGCUGCCCUCUAA